AUGCAUCGCACCUAUUCUAUGCGCCAGACGCGCAUGCCGACCGCAUCACAGGUCGAGAACCCGCCCCCGCCCUUGUCCACCACCAAGACGAGCAGAUGGCUUGGCAAAGGAGGCUUCGGCCACGCCUUCCGCAAGAAUGCGGCAGGGGCGUUUGGCCCCGAUCUCGCGAGGAAGCUGGCGCAGUUGGUGAAGAUGGAGAAGAACGUCAUGCGCAGUCUCGAGUUGGUGUCCAAGGAGCGCAUGGAGACUGCCCAACAACUCUCCAUCUGGGGUGAGAACUGCGACGAAGACGUCUCGGAUGUGACCGACAAGCUGGGUGUUCUGCUGUACGAGGUCGGAGAGUUGGAGGAUCUCUACGUCGACCGCUACGACCAGUAUCGUGUCACCAUCAAGAGCAUCCGUAACAUCGAGGCUUCCGUUCAGCCCAGCCGUGACCGCAAGCAGAAGAUCACCGACGAGAUCGCCAAGCUGAAGUACAAGGACCCGAACUCCCCUCGUAUCGUCGUGCUCGAGCAGGAGCUGGUUCGCGCCGAGGCAGAGUCCCUCGUCGCCGAGGCCCAGCUGUCCAACAUCACCCGUGAGAAGCUCAAGGCGGCCUUCUCGUACCAGUUCGACGCUCUCCGUGAGCACUGUGAGAAGGUGGCCAUCAUCGCCGGCUACGGCAAGCACCUGCUGGACCUCAUUGACGACACGGCCGUCACUCCGGGUGAGACCCGCCAGGCCUACGAUGGCUACGACGCUAGCAAGGCCAUCAUCAAGGACUGUGAGGGUGCCCUGGCCGACUGGGUGUCCUCCAAGGCCGUCGUCAAGUCUGAAUUGUCGACCCGGUCGCGUACGCUCUCCCAGCGCCACCGCGAGAACGUCAACAAGCAACGGGAGGGAGUCGACCUGUCUAACCAGGACCAAGCGAUGCGGGGUGACCGUGACUCGUGGGUACCGGCGGGCCAGCACGCGACCUACCACGUCGUGGAAGACGGCGAAGAGGGCGCCAGCACUGUUGACGGCGAGGCCCGGGGACGAGAAGACGAGCGGGUGACCGUCGUCCCAGCCUAG